AUGCGUCGGUUUGCUCGCCAGUACUCUUCGCGAGCCAAGGAUAUCCUGAAGAAGAGUUUCGAGCGUAUGGAGGCCGACAAGACCUACAAGAAGUCUGCCGAGGACUUUGCGCAGUUGCAGGCAGCUGCUCGCGAACUCGGUGUGCCCAAGCAACUCAUUAAGCAGGUUUACGACGGCGUCCAGCCCGGUAUGCAUGCAAAGAAGGCUGUGAGUGCUGCUGAGAAGAUGCUCGUUGAUGCAGCGGAUAUCGCGAUGUUUGCGACUCCCACAGGCGCCGAGUUCAACCGGCCGUUUGAGUUUGAUGAUUUGCCCUCGGCUGGUCACCUGCAGCUCGAAGAGCACCGCACAUACCGUGAAUUUGUGCGUCUUGCCGCGUACACUCUGCCCCAGCUCUCUGAGUUCGCUACGGAGUAUCGGCGACCGGCCAAAAACGAGAAUCUCAAGUUCAAGCACUACACGUUUGUUGGCGAAUCGCACCCGGCUGAACGUAAAGUAGUGUUGACCUUCUCUCCUGACUCUACUGGUCUGGGUGAGAAGCAGCUGCACAAACUCAAGCUGCUUGCGGGCCCCAGAUACGACCCGGACCGGAACGAGAUCAAGAUUUCAAGCGACCGCUUCCCCGAACAGGCCCAGAAUAAGCGCUACCUUGGUUACGUGUACUCGCGACUUGUGCAGACCGCCCAGGACCCAUCAGACACUUUCGAGGACGUGCCGCUUGAUCCCCGGGCUGCCAACGAACGUCGGGCACGCCGCCGCAGCCUGUACCCUCAGCACGAGUUCCCGGCUGAGUGGAAUCGCCCUGAUCUGGCUCCUCGGCCCAAGGAUGAUAUUGUGUCUGUCCUCAGCGGACAGCAAUAA